AUGAAAUAUGAAAAAAAAAAUUGGAACAAUGAUAAGGGGAAAAAAAGAGGUGAGAAAUUUCUGAACGAUGACAGCUACGGCAGGGGAAAGAACAGGAGGUAUGGUAAUCGUGAUGAGGGAGGAGGAGUAGGAGGGGGGGGAUUUAACAACAAAUCGUAUCGUCAUGAAGUGCGGCGUAAUGAACCAAUGCACAAUGACAUGCAACAGGGCGACGAGUUCAAUUCAGAAAUGCCCACUUACACUUCUACUUCUUCCAAUUUUAGAGGAAGCGAUAAUUAUGAAGGGAAAAAUGAAAUGCUAAAUAACUGGGACCACGUGAGUAGUCAAUACAUAGCACCCCCAUAUAAAAAGAGGCCAAUGAAUAAGAAGGCAAAAGGCCCAGGUGCCAUGAAAAAUAAUCAUGGUCGUUAUCAGAAGAAGUACGUAAGAAAUGAUGGCGAGAGGGGGUCUAAAUUUAGUGCGUAUGGAAGUGCCGACCACAACGUGAAUGUCAAUUCUGAUGGAGGGGAACCCCCGCGGAAUGAAGACAAUUAUAACUACGUAGAUGAUUAUUACAACAGUGAUGCGUAUUAUGCAGAAGACGGCUACCAUAGGGGGGAUCAUAGGGGGGAUCAUUACGGGGAUAGUGGCCACUACCGCGGCAAUGGUGGCGACUACCAUGGUGACGACGACCAUCAUGAUUAUCAUGGUGGUGGUUAUCACGGCGAUGGUUAUCAUGGCGAUCAAGAUGACUAUUACAACGAUCGCGAUGAUCAGCGCGCACACGAUCGGUACAUUGACAGCUACAAUCACGACAAUGAUGAUGGAACCAUUCGAAGUGGGCGCAAAAGCAGCCAUGUGUACGAAGGCAAGCCGGACCAUAACUACGCUGACACUUACGAUGAAAAUUGUGGCACCAUUUUCGGAGACCAUCACAGUAAUCACCCCCGUGGAGAAUUCAGAAAGACCAGCAUAAAUGAGGAUCUGAGCAAUCUCCAUAGGAAUUUGCAUAAUUUGCUUUUCUCCCCUGCAAAAGCAGAGGACGAAAAAAAAAAACUUAUCGAAACGAACAACACAUCGCACAGCAAGAACUGUAACGAAAGCGUGUUGAAUCAAUUGUCCAUUCUAAGGAAUAUUCCUUUUAAUGUAAAGCAGACUGACGGAGAAAGCGGCAAAGAUGAAGGACUUACGAACGACGAGGUCGACGGCAGCCACGCUGACCAACGUAGCCUUGGAGUGGAGCAGAAAAAAAAUAGUCAGAGCAGCAAGACGGCCAUGAUACUGGACGAUUUGAAGAAAUGCCUUUACGGAAGUAGCAAUAAGGAAUCGAAGAAAGCGCACCCUGUGGGGGAAAAUAUGAACAUCUUAUAUCCACCGAACCAUGAUGAGGAUGAGUCUCAAACGGAAAGGGGGUACCGUUCAAACAGUUACAUAGGUAAUGACGAUAACCAUUUUAAUGUCAGCAGUGGUAGAGACUAUAAAAAUGUUCAUGAAACUGGGGUAAGAAGACAAAGUAGCGGCAACAGUAGUAUAUUGCAAAACAUUUCCUUUCCCCCAGCAGGAAAUGUAGAAGAGAAGAAAAUGAAGAAAGAUAAGGAUAACGAUCACGAUGAUAAUGAUGAUGAUAAGGAUGAUAGGAUGAAUAUGCAUUACAGAAAGGAUUCCAAUUAUUACAACUCAGAUGAUAUGGACAUCGAAUCGUCCAUAUCGAGCGACCAGAGCGUUGUCAUGGAUAUGUAUAAGAACGAAGUGAAGGAAGAGAACAUGAUAACUUCCAGUGGAAAUAUAUUUCCCAAAAAUCAGAUAGCCGAAUCUUUGAGAGUGUUAAAUACGCUACAGGUAGAUAUUGAAAGAGUUUGCUGUUACAUAAAACAUUUCAUAGAUCCUCCGGAGCAGUUGUUCCAAGUGAUGAGGGAUGUUUUUGUAGAUACGUCAGUUUUAGUAAAUUCAAAAAUUGCGAUUUUCUAUGUGUAUAAUCAUUUAAUACAAGAAUUGAGAAACAAUUUAAAAAACGACUUGAUGAAAUAUUAUUCCAUCGCGGAAAAAGGAUUACAAAUUUUUGUCGUCCCAGUACUCAGGUGUGUAUUACACGAACAAGUUAACGUAGAAAUGGUAAAUAAAUUUUAUCGAUGUAUAGCCAUAUGGAAUGAAAGAAAUGUCUAUAGCAAAAUAGUAUGCGAACAGCUAAAAUUGCUUCAGAAAAAUCCACAAAAAAAAAUAGAUUUUACCGUGAAAAAUGUAGCUAGCCAAGCUCAUAGUUUGCUAUCAAAUGAAUUAUCCAAAUUUGUGCCCAUAAGUUUUAUUUUAAAAAUGCCAAGUGUGAAUAAUGAAAAUAGAAAAGCUCUGGAAGAUAAAACCCUCAGUGCGCUUUUUCAUGAUAUUUCGAAGGAUACUCUCAAGGGGUACGAUGAGGCCCAUGUUGACGAAGCUUCUAGGAUGUCAGAAAAGGUCAUGCGUAUGUAUGGGCAAGAAUUAAUUUUAAUCAACUCCCAAAUUUUGGAAUUAUCCUCCUUGAUUUGUGAUAAUAAUGACCAUCUGGUGAAGCUACACAGUACGCUGGAAAAUCCACGGGACUGA